AUGUCGGGCAAAGGAGAGCCUUCUGUAUCCAAGAAGGAAACGUCGGAACUUCGAUCCGAAGAUCGUGAAGCAAAACACCGUGCAAAACAAUCGGGUGCUUCCAAGGGUGAUUCGGGGGGAGGCAAGGAACGGUCCUCAAAGCGCCAUGGAAGCGACGAAAAGUCGACCAAGCGUCGCACAAAAAGCUCCGGUACAUCGACCAAGCGUCGCACAAAAGGCUCCGGUGCAUCGACCCCUGGAGCAACCUACGAAAGGUCUGAGCGAAUGCCUGGAUCCCCUCGAGAUUCCAAGAGGAAGGACAAGCGUCGAUCAGGAGAUAGGGCGACCAAACCAGGCGCAACAUCUGAACGAUCAUCUGGAUCAUCUAAAGAUGCUAAGAGGCACGAGCCACGAAGAAAUGGGAAUCGUCCAGGAGCAGCGGAAGUCGAUAUCAGCUCGGCGGAUACAAAAGCUGAUCGAAAAGCAAGGCGAGAAAACGAGACACGUCCUCGACCUUCAGAGUCUGUUUCGAAUGGGAAAUCUCAUGAAGAUAUUACUGAGACAUCAAUGUCAUCGUCUUUCCAUGCUGCAAAUGGGACUUUUACCCUGACUGCAUCGCGUGUUCCUGACGGCAGCGGUGAAGAAGCGAAUGCUGGAAUCAUCCAGGAACACUCUGGACAAACCAAUGGGACUACCAAGCCAAAGGAUCAAGCCAAACAGUCUUCAAAGAAGAAAUGGGUAUGCCUGGCAGCGUUCGUCGUCCUUGUUGGUGGUGGAGUUGGUGCUUACUUUGGAACAAGAUCAUCGUCUUCUCCCGGUGAUUCAUCUUCUUUUGGUGAUGCCGGCACCAUUCCUCUUUCCGCAGAAACCGAUUUGCCAUCUGGAUCCCCCACUGUGUUUGGCCCACCUUCUCCAGAAGACUGCCAAGCCAUCGCCGAACAGCAACCUAUUCCUGGACAAGCAAGUCUGCCAAAUCAAACCUACUAUGUCGAUCUCGACGUGGAUCCCAAGUCUACAUUCAACGUUGGUUCGGUUUUUGCAGGCUAUGUCCAGGAGGCGAUUCAGUCCGAAAUUGUUCCAGAACUUGUCGGGUGCAAAGCAUCUGCAAGAAAGCUGAUCAGAUCUCCAGGAAUGACAAGUUUAUAUCGCAACCUUGACGAUGAUUUGGAGUAUAUUAUUCGGAAUGCGGCUUCUGAUGCUGCUAUUGGUGGAGUUUGUAUUGAGGGCUCCGAUGCCUCUUGCCAACGAAUCAUUGUUACACUCGUUGUUACGCUGCGAGACGAAGGCGUCAGAAACCUGGAUGUGGUUACCAGAAUUGAUGACUCGUUCAAUGAUGAAAUUUCCCUGGUGGAUAAGCUUGGAUUGAGUACCGUUUCCACAGACAUCCGAUUUGUUGCUCUGAGGUCGGACGACAACGACAACGCUAUUAGUCCAUCCCCGGUACCUUCUGCGUCUACAACAAAAACGCCAACAACUGGGGCGCCCACUUUUUCUCCAUUCCCAACAAGUGCUCCAAGAUUCCCUCCUACAGCUUCACCACUGGUAGACCCAACUCCUCCGCCAACAGCAGAGGCAACACGUUCUCCAACGUUGGUACCAACUUUGGCCCCAGUAGUAGGUCCAACUCCGCCACCAGCACCAGAGCCAACUCCAGAACCUACUCGUUCUCCAACAUUGCUACCAACUUUGGCCCCAGUAGCAGGUCCAAGUCGCCCACCAACACCAGAGCCAACUCGGGAACCAACGCCCGAACCAACGCCCGAACCAACACCUGAACCAACUCCAAUCCCAUCAUCUGAACCAUCCCUAACCCCAACAUCUGAACCAACUCCAACCCCAACAGCUCCACCCUCAUCUUCGCCGACUCCAGGACCUACACCGCCUCCAACACCAAAUCCAACUGCCAUGCCAACACCACAGCCAACACCAGUACUUACACCCAAUCCUACGACUCCGCCUCCUACAUUGAUUCAAAAUGGAGGAGCUUGUAGCUUUGAUACCUCAUGUCAAAGUGGCCAUUGCGGUGGAGACUUUACAUGUAGCGAUAUGAAGGACAUUGGAGAGGUUUGCUUCGAAGACGACGACUGUGUGAGUGGCCGUUGUGCCACUGAAUUCCCUUUCCGAUGCCGUGAGAAGAUUCCGAAUGGCGAGCGAUGUGGCGAAAAUGACGAUUGUGUGAGCGGUAGAUGCAGCAUUUACUGGACUGGCUUUUAUUGUGACUAG